AUGGAUCCUUGGUGGGACUGGAUGAUCGACAAGACUUCGCCUAGUGCAAGUUGUUAUCAUUUCAUAAUAAAGAACGUACAAGUGGAUAAAAAAAACAUGACGAUCUCCGGCCGAACAAAUACUGAAGACAAUGGGAGUCUCUUGGACCAUGCCCGUGACUACAUUCACGAGAAGGUCAAAACACAAGAACAACGAGAUGCGGAACGGCCUGUUACGGAAAAAAUCAAGGAUAAUUUCCCGAACAGUGCCGAAGAUGCUGGUUCCACUCUCGGCAAAAAGAUCGACAACAUAGCCACCGACUUCAAAGAGAAGUUUAAUGAACGGCUAGACGAAGGUACAGAGAGAGCUCAACAGCACACUGAUGAAACAAAGCGAGAGGAGGACUUUAACGUAUUCACGGACGCGGCGCAUGCAUCGAAAGAAAAAAUUCAUGAUGUACGCGAAUCCAUCUUCGACGCCACAAAGACUCCAGCGGAAAAGGACCAGGAAGCUUUUCUUGAGAAGCCCUUGCACGAAAAGCUGAAGGAAAUGCCUCAUCGAAUGGCGGAGGUAGAGGAGAGCAAAAAGGAUGACACCAUGCCUCCUUUUGCCCAGCUUGGUUGGUUGAUUCGAUGAUAGGUUCACAUUUCCAAAACGAAAUAAACCAAAGGUCAGGUUUGGCUGGAGCAGACACUAACGUAAUGUAUAGCCUACUGUCAGUAUUCAAC